AUGCACUACAUCGAGGGAGGAAUGCUGAUGUUUGCUGCUUUUGUUGGGAUAAUGGUGGAGCAGUUUGUCCCAGACGGCCCUCACGCUUACCUGACCUCAGGCGGCUCCUGGGUGAAGCUCAUGAACUGGCAGCACAGCACCAUGUAUCUGUUCUUCGGAAUCGCAGGGUGCGCACUGGUCGCCUCCACUGCGGUCAGACUGGUGCCUGCGGGAGUGGACCGCCUUUCUCUGGCCAUGGCUCUGUUUGUUGAGGGGUAUUUGUUUUACUUCCACGUCCACAUGCGUCCUCACCUGGAUGCUCACAUCCACACGCUGCUCCUCGUGGCUGUGUUCGGGGGAGCCGCCUGCUCCAUGUUGGAGGUCUUCAAUAGACACAACAUUGUGGUGGAACUGUUGGGGGCCGGGCUCUUCAUCCUGCAGGGGACGUGGUUCUACCAGAUUGGCUUUGUCCUGUAUCCACUGAGUGGGCCCCAGUGGGAGUUGGAGCAGCAUGACAACGUUAUGUUCGUCACCAUGUGCUUCUGCUGGCAUUUAGCCGUGGCUGUGCUUCUAGUGACCACUACUUCCUGUGUGGUGUGGCUCACAUUGAGAAGAUUCUCUGCAAAUGGUCGAGACAUUGAAAUUGGAAUGAGGAACACUUCAUCUGAGUCCAGUUCCCAGAAGUCUUUGCUGCAGGAAUCAGAGGAGGAAUAA